AUGCACUCGUCAUCGGCAGUGACCCCGCCCGCAUCGACCUCCUUGAACAACGGCGUUUGUUAUUUCAGCUUCGUCCCGGCCUCCCGCCCUGAGAACAGCUUUAUCGACCAUUACUCGACCGAGACUCCGUCGCCGGCGCUCUACGACCUCUCUGUGCAAACUCCGUCGGAGCCGUCCAACCCUCUGCUCGCCGCCCGCGACUGGCCCGUCUCAUUCGUUGUCAGCCCGGCCGCCAUGGACGCCUCCAAGAUUCUCCAGCUCCAGACGGCUGCCGCCUACUCGUACCAGAACCGGCCGCAGCCCCAGCCAGUGCAGGACGUGCUGGAUCUCAGUCCUAUCAGCAGCCGCUCCGGAUCCGAUGCUUCCAGCGCAUCCUCAUCUCGCACCUCUGUCUCGGGAGAGUCGCCCAGCGUGCAAUUCAUCCGCUGCUCACGCUGCCACCGGACAGACACGGCAGGAUCCAAGAACAUGGUCGGCUACGGCAUCAACUCGUACUACUGCGUUCGCUGCGCGGACAUAGUGGGCUACAGCCACAACGGCUGA